UUAGAGCUAAUUUUAAGGAUCGUGGUCGAUUUAAGCGUUUGUUAAGAUUUUUCGGUCAACUAUUUUUUGUCAAAAUUUUGGUCACUUUGAAAAUAAUAGGUGUGGGCUGGUCCUAUAUGGCCCACAUCAUUAGUGGGCCUGAAUGGGCUAGGGCUUAGUAGCUCACACUUAAUGGUGAGUCUUUGUGUGUUAGGGCCAAGAUAGGGGACUUGGGGCUGACCCUAGGGUUUGGGGCCAAAUUGACAGCUCUAGAUGCACCCAUACUCGUCACUAUUUCACUCCACCCUCUCGUGCAGCACUAUAAUUCUAGACGAUGUCUUCUUUUUCAUAUUUGUGCAUGUUCCUGGUGAAGUAACCAUCUUGUGCGCACGAAUUCCAUCAACCUGCUCACGAGGAUAACCAUUUUAUUCUUCCCAGCAACCCAUUUGUUAAACAGGAUGGAAGAAAAUAGGGAGAAGAAGCUUACAAGGCCAGACUGGUCAAAGAUGCUAACUGAGAUCCUAGAGCAGAUAUGGAAGCGGUUAACAAUUCCACAUCAAGCUGUAGUUAGCACCGUGUGCAAACCAUGGCAUUUAUCUACCUCCAACAAGGCCAACAUUUGGAGCCCAGAGUUCCCCUGGAUAUUUAUCAAAGACCAAGCAAGUACACAAUAUACGUUAUUCAGCACCACACCAGAGAAACUUCCAUGUCGCCAAACCAUUAACUUCCUCGAAUUACACCUUCAUUAUUGGAUCUUGCAAGGGUUGGCUGGUCAUUCGAUCUAAUGAUGAACUAUUUAUUUUGAACCUCUUUUCCAAACUUCGAAUUGAUCUUCCUUCUUGGUCCGGAAAGCCUGCAGGAAUCAAACUAACCCCUUCGGUUUUCACAAUCUUAAUGUGUGCCAAGUUGAAUCCUAUAGUAAUCGCAGGUAUCACUUGUGGUUGGAACUUGACCUGGUGCAGCAUAGGAGACCAAGAAUGGAAGGAAUGCAGAAGUAAUGGAAAAUAUCUUAAUGUGACAUUUCACAAUGGCAAACUUUAUGCCAUUAACCUAAAUUGUGACAAGAUUGACAUAUUUCGAGUUGAUAAUGACCAGCAAAAACUCAUUUUGCUGGAUACUAUAUGCGUGACCUUCCCAACAGUGAGUCGUCGAUCAGAUAUAUUUGACGUGUAUUUGGUGGAGUCUAAGGGAAGUCUUUUGGUUGUUAAGAGGAAUUAUGAUUAUGGAGCCCUUAUUCACCCAACAAUUGGCUUUGACAUUUUCAAGGUACAGGAAAGAAUUAGUGGCGACUCACCCCACCUGCUCGUCAAUGUGGAAAGCUUGGAAGACCAAGCUUUGUUUUUCAGUGGCUUGUUUUAUGAAUCUCUUUCAGCUAAAGAUUGUCCGGGGCUUCGAGGAAACCGCAUAUACUUCAUUGGACACCAGGGAGGCAAUGUUGACUCUGAAUUUGGAUUAUUUUCACUUGAAGAGGGGAUUAUAUUUAGGGAGCCAAUUCAUGAUUAUCCCAUCAAUCCUCCCAUUUGGCUGUUGCCUAGGUAUGUAUUUGAGUGUAACUGCAAAUGUCAUCCAUCAACAAUGUGGAGACCCACAAAUUAAUCUGAAGGAAAUGAAUUAUUCAGAUGGAGAUGACAAGAAUUUUUAAUUAUUGUCACCUAGUUCCCUUUUAUAUGUGGCAUGACUAGCAGUAAUUAAGAUGAGCCUCAUUUGUUUUAGUCUGGUUGCAUGUUGUUGGAGAAGCUCAUCCCUCACAUGAGCUGUAAGAUUGUAUUAGUCUAUGAUUUUUAUGUAGCUGUCUUCUCUGCAAGUUUUACCUUAUCAUCUUUUUUGUAUUUUUUUGAUAAUUUUUCUUUAAAUAUGGA